AGACCGUUACUCAGGCGCACAGUAGCAAACCCCAUCUGGCACACACUAUUAUAAAAUUCAAUUUAUAUAUUUUCCCACCGAAUUCCCUCUCCAAAUCGGCGCUUAAAAUACUCACCUAAAACCCCAUCAGUCUCUUUUCUCACUCCUCGCCACCAAUAGGAUUUCUAUAAUGACCCAUCUGCCUUUUUUUUGGUGAUUUCAAGCAACUUGCACGCAUUAUAUAUUCAGAUAAAUUGUGUAUCUAUCUAUCUAUCUAUCUACUUAUAACUCCAAAAACUUGUAUUGAUCUGACCGACUAAUUUUUUUUUUGAGGGUUUUUUUUCGAUUUACUCCUUUUUCGUUUCACUUCUGAAUCUGGAGCUCCGGCUGUGUAAAUUUCAUGUCUCCAUUUUCCGGCGGCUGAUCAGUUAUUUUUUUGUUUUGUGUUUGUUUUCGCCGGUGAGAAUCUGCCGUCGUCUUAGCGUCUCCAGGCGAGCUGAAUCUGCGACUCGUCAAGGUUUGACGUUGAUGUGCAGAGAAUAAUCAGACUGAGAGUUGAAAAACAAAAAGAAGAGAGAAGAGAGAGAAGAGAGAGAAAAUCAGAAAGCUUCAUGUGUGAAUUUCUUUCACGUGACUAGAGAUGCCGCAUCGAACGACUUACUUCUUCCCGAGGCAAUUUCCUGACCGCAGCCCCAAUCAAUCGUCAAGGUUGGUGGCGGAUCACGAGAACAAAUUUUCCGCCAGUGAUGUGAAGUCGGAGGAUUUUCAACGCGAGGGGGUCGCUCUCAAAUCGGAUGCCGGCGAAAGUAUCUCCGCCCGUGGAGUCACGGGGGACAAAAUACCCGUGAAACAGCUGUCCGCCUAUGUAAAGUGGCUUUCCGAUAAGAAAAAAAAGGAGAAAUCACGGGAGGGAAAUCUGGGUCCCGUGAGGGCGGCCAGAUUGUACGAAAUCGACGAUACCAUCGAGGAAGAGGAAGAAGUAAAUCAGCCGCUGCUGAAACUGCCGCCGCCCUCUGAUGGCCGCCGGAUUUCGAGCAGCGGGAGCAAUUUCAUUGGCGGUGUUGAGGGGCAGAUUUCUCUGCAGAGAUUGUCAAGCGCCGGGAGCACGAGCUAUGCCGGAAGUUUGUUUUCGGGGACAACUUUGGACGGAACUUGGUCGCCUGUCACUACUGGAGUGCUCAAGGAAGACUCUACAGCGCAAGGCAGUGGGGCCGGGCAGAGUGAAGGUAGUGGGGAAGCCCAGAGGCAAAAGGAGGGCUAUCACUUGCAGAUUAUGCUCACGAGAAGGCUUACUGAGCAGGCCUCGCUCACUGCGGAGCCUUUACCUCUUCCUGAAUGUAGAUUUGCUGGAUCUUCAGAUCCUGAAACGGUUUCCUAUCGUCUGUGGGUCAGUGGUUGCCUGUCUUACUCUGACAAGAUCUCCGAUGGGUUUUAUAACAUUUUGGGAAUGAACCCUUAUCUAUGGCUAAUGUGCAACGACUUGGAAGAAGGUAAAAAAAUGCCUUCAUUGAUGGCAUUAAAAACAAUUGACCCGGAGGACACAACGCUAGAGGUGACUCUCGUUGAUCGACGUGGAGACUCGCAGCUCAGAGAGCUUGAAGAUAAAGCUCAAGAGAUUUAUUUUGCAGCAGAGAGUACGCCUGCCAUGGCUGAGAGACUUGGGAAACUUGUCGCGGAGCAUAUGGGGGGCUCUUUCCCUAUGGAACGAGGUGACUUCAGACUUGGCUGGAAAUUGAUGAACCAGAGAUUGAAAGAUUUCAACAAGUGCAUUGUGAUCCCAAUCGGUAGUCUGUCUAUGGGGCUCUGUAGGCAUCGAGCCAUACUGUUCAAGAAACUAGCAGACUAUGUAGGUUUGCCAUGUCGGAUAGCUCGUGGUUGCAAGUAUUGCAUUUCUGACCACCGAUCUUCGUGCCUUAUCAAGAUAGAUGAUGAAAGGAAGCUUCCCAGCAGGGAACUUGUGGUUGAUCUAGUUGGGAAGCCAGGAAAUCUCCAUGGCCCAGACUCAUCAAUCAAUGGAAGUAUAAUUUCUGUGCCUUCACCAUUACAAAUAUCACAUCUAAAAGAAUUUCAGCAGGAUGGGCAGAGUGAGGUUGAUUGUCAAUUGCUAAACUCAAAGUAUGCUAGUGACAAAAACAAUCCUUUCUAUGCAGUUAAUCUCAGUAAUACAAAGGAUAUUAGUAUUCCAGAAAAUGCAAAAGAUGGUGGGUGCACUCCAGAAGUUCUUGAUGCUGCGAUAUCUGAGGACCAUUCUCAGGAAGGAGGUGAUCGAAUAAUUAUAAAACAGACAUACAAAAGGGAAGUUGUUUUAGCAAGAAAUGCAGUUUCGACUCAAGCUGAAAGACAUCCUGCUAUAGUAACCUUCUCUGAAAGCAAAGAUCCUUUGGAGGUGAAUAGCAAGUUUCAAGAUCAUGGGAAACACCUUGCUUCAAACAUUCCAAGAUAUUUGAAUCUAGAGCCUUCUCUUGCAAUGGAUUGGCUUGAGAUAUCAUGGGAUGAAUUGCACAUUAAGGAACGCGUUGGUGCUGGAUCUUUUGGCACAGUGCAUCGGGCUGAAUGGCAUGGAUCGGAUGUGGCAGUUAAAGUUCUAACUCUCCAGGAUUUUCAUGAAGAUCAAUUGAAGGAGUUCCUACGUGAGCAGAACUUCUUACCAGAAGAACUGUCAUUUUCUGAAUUUAGUAUUUCAUGUUUGGCUGAUUGGGCUACUGGGUCCCAUGUCUGUCUCUACACCUUUCUGAAGGUUGCUAUUAUGAAACGUAUACGUCAUCCGAAUGUGGUACUGUUCAUGGGUGCUGUCACGAAACGUCCACAUCUAUCUAUUGUAACAGAAUACUUGCCAAGAGGCAGUCUAUUCCGACUGAUACACAAGCCAGCUGCUGGUGAAAUUUUAGAUCAGAGGCGAAGACUGCGCAUGGCUUUGGAUGUGGCAAAGGGAAUCAAUUAUCUUCAUCGUCUUACACCCCCGAUCGUCCACUGGGAUCUGAAGUCGCCAAAUCUGUUGGUUGAUAGGAAUUGGACAGUGAAGGUAUGUGAUUUUGGCUUAUCGAGGUUCAAAGCAAACACAUUCAUAUCAUCAAAGUCUGUUGCUGGAACACCUGAAUGGAUGGCCCCCGAAUUCCUUCGUGGAGAGCCUUCCAACGAGAAAUCUGAUGUCUACAGUUUUGGAGUUAUUUUGUGGGAGCUUGUCACCAUGCAACAGCCGUGGAUUGGACUUAGUCCUGCCCAGGUGGUUGGAGCAGUUGGUUUCCAAAAUAGGAGGCUUGUGAUCCCACAAAAUACCUCUCCCAUGUUAGUGUCUCUGAUGGAGUCUUGCUGGGCAGAUGACCCCACACAACGACCCUCGUUUGUUAACAUAGUCGACUCUUUGAAGAAAUUGCUGAAAUCUCCGUUGCAGUUGAUACAGAUGGGCGGACAAUGAGACGCCAUUUUUCUUCUUUAUCCUUUUUCUUUCUCAAGGUUAUAGGAUGCUAGCCAUGGAUAAAUACCUUACUAUGUAGCAUAAAUUUUCUUCAUUGGGAUUGCUGCUUCAAUAUACAAGCAAAGACAUUGGAGAUACUGAUAAGAAGAAAAAUAAAAUAAAAUGCCAUUGGGGUGGAGUUAUUUUUGUAAGCAAAAAUGCUUGUUUGAAUCUGAUGUGAAUUAUACUUAGCUGAACUGUAUCAUGUAAUGAAUCCAUUUUGCUUAAUGUUAAUUUGUGCGAUUACAACAUGAGAUUGGGCAUGAUAUAAUCAAGCAAGGAUGGCCC